GUAUUUUGCAUCUCAUAGGAAUUGUGAGAGGUAAGAAAAGUUGGAAAUUGUCAAGUUUUUUGUUAAAAUUUGGCGUUUAGGAGGAAAAUUUUUGGUUGUGGUGCAAAAAAAGUGAUUUUGUGAUUAGUUGGUUGUUUUAAUGCCCUCAGAUGAUGGCCACAAUAACUCUGAACCCUAAGAAGAGCCCCACACUGCUGGAGAAUCCAUCCGGGAAUCAGUGGGUGAAGCUUAAUGUCGGGGGAACGUGCUUUCUCACCACAAAAACAACCCUGGCACGAGAUCCCAGCUCCUUCCUCUUCAGGCUCGUGCAGGAAGACAGUGAUUUGAUAUCGGACAAGGAUGAGACUGGCGCAUAUCUCAUUGAUAGAGAUCCUCGAUAUUUUGCCCCAGUUCUCAACUAUUUACGCCAUGGAAAGUUAGUCCUGGAUGGCUUAUCCGAGGAGGGUGUCCUGGAGGAGGCGGAGUUCUACAAUGUAACCCCCUUGAUUGGUCUCCUGCGCGAAAGUAUUUCCCGCAGAGACUCUCGACCUGCCUUAGACAAGAAGAAAGUCUACAGAGUUUUGCAAUGUCAGGAGAAUGAACUCACCCAGCUCGUGUCAACGAUGUCUGAUGGCUGGCGCUUUGAGCAAUUGGUGAAUAUUGGGACGCAGUACAACUAUGGGUCCGAAGAGAAUGCUGAGUUCCUCUGUGUGGUGUCCAAGGAGUGCAUCAGUCCGCUGGUUGGACGUGAACCAGAGUCGAAUGACCGGGCAAAGGUUCUGCAGCAGAAGGGUUCUCGAAUGUAAUACUCUCUCUCUAUUUCCAUCUCUGUUGUCACUUUUAUGCCUCAAACACCCACAGAGAAGAUGGGAAAGAAAACAAAUAGAACCUCUUCUGCAUUCAACAUUGUCUUGCCAAUGGGAUUAGGAUGAAGUUUAGAGCAUCGGCAAGGGAUGUUUUUUUUUCUUUUGGGGCAACAUCUCGCACAAUUGAGAAAGUAUAUAAAUAAUUCUUGAGGCGAUCGAUGGAGGAAAAAAAGAAAAACAUUUUUUAAUAAAUAUUAGCAUUUUUUGAGACAUUGCAAAUUGUUUUCUAAAACAUUUGCAGAGAAAAACCAUCUCACAGAGAAGAAACCCACAAGAAAAAAAAAGAAUAACAUUAAGUAUACAAGAAAUGUAUGAUUUUUAAAUUAAAUUAAAUUUCUAACUAAUAGCUAAGAAAACAGAAGAAAAAAAAAACGUAUUGAUUUUAAGGAUGUUUUUAGGAUAUAAAUUCCACCUAUAAUGCAAUGCACCGAAUGGAUAAAAUAUAUCAUCAGAUGAACUAGAUUUUAAAUUAAAAUUACAACAAAAGAAGAACAUGGAACAGAAUAUAUUCUGUUAUUAUAUUCUGCCAAACACAAUUCUUAUUUUAUAGAUCGCGAAAUAAUACUAGAAAAAAAUAACAAGAAUGGAUAAGUUUGUAAUUUUAAUUUCACGAUGAAAAUCGAUUUUGUAAAAAUAAAAAAAAAAUUGUACGUUACAAUAGAAAAAAAAUAUAUUACAAAAAUAGAAUUUA